AUGGUUUCAGUUCGAAGGCCCCGCCCUGUAGCACCAGCCGACGCAUUGCCGAAGUUUCCUUAUCCGCCGCCGUCUGGCCGCUUCUUGCCAAACAAACCGCCGGAUGAUCUGCUGCCUCAGGCGCAGAUUCCUUCCCCUCCCGGCUUCUCUUCGGACUCGCCCGCGUCUUUCGACUCGCCUGCGCCCCCGUCCCCCCCACUGCUGCCUCGGGCCCCAUUCCCUCCCGGCUUCUCUUUUGACUCGCCUGCGCCCCCGUCCCCCCCACUGCUGCCUCGGGCCCCAUUCCCUCCCGGCUUCUCUUUUGACUCGCCUGCGCCCCCGUCCCCCCCGUUGCUGCCUCGGGCCCCAUUCCCUCCCGGCUUCUCUUUUGACUCGCCCGCGCCCCCGUCCCCCCCGUUGCUGCCUCGGGCCCCAUUCCCUCCCGGCUUCUCUUUUGACUCGCCUGCGCCCCCGUCCCCCCCACUGCUGCCUCGGGCCCCAUUCCCUCCUGGCUUCUCUUUUGACUCGCCCGCGCCCCCGUCCCCCCCGUUGCUGCCUCGGGCCCCAUUCCCUCCUGGCUUCUCUUCGGACCCGCCCCCAUCCCCGUCUGGCCCACUGCUGCCUGGAACCCCAUUCCCUCCUGGCUUCUCUUCGGACCCGCCCCCGUCUGGCCCACUGCUGCCUGGAGCCCCAUUCCCUCCCAGCAUCGAGCAUCCUAGGAUAUCGCCUUCACUGCCUCUCACUGCCCAACCACAGCGACAGCGUCAGGUUGCGCGGCGAAGACAAGUUCGGCGCGCCCGCUUCUUGUCACCCACUCCUGCAUCUGGAGCGCAUGCGCAGGGGGCUUCUUCCUCGCAUGCAGGCCCAUCGCAUGGUGGCGGGAUGGGCGGCUUCGACCUAGGCAGACGGGCGCCAAUGGCCUUUGACCCGAGCCUAAGAGGCCGACCCAUAGAAGCAGUUCGGCGGAUGUUGAGUCUUCGCCCUCGCCCUCGCGUGUCCGUUCAAACGCUGGAGCAGAAUGACGAGGUAUACGAGGUGAUGAGAGUGAGGCCAAUGGACUUCCUGGGGCCUUAUGUUGUUCGCUCGCAGGCCUUCGAAGGUCCAGGGAUGGCCUUCCCAGGGCCUGUCUUAGUGGUAAAUGAGGAGGAAUGGUACAGUGUCGAGAGGAUCCUGGACCACAGGCACACGAACACGGGUGUGGAGUACCUCGUGCAGUGGGAAGGCUAUCAGGACCCCAGCUGGACAGAAGCACACAAAGUGGAGGGCCUUCCGCUGGUCAGCGAGUAUUGGAGCGCAAGGACGGCGCCGAUGUAA